AUGGUAAAAGCUGAAGUGCAAUUUACUAAUAGGUUAGUACAACAGAGCUUAAAUCAAAAUAUUUUAUUAGAUCUAACAGAUAAUGAUUUAGGUAAAGACAAAGAAGCAUUAAUGAAUAGUGAUGAAGGGAUUGAUAGAGAUGAAAUUGAUAGAAUGAA